UUGAAAUCGUGUAAUUAGACGUGUAAUCGUUUGUAUGGCGAUUAUACAGUGUCACUUCAAGUCUCCUAUUUUCCUUACUCAUUAAAUGUUUUUUUUUUCUAACCCUUUAGUACUCUAGGGACGUUGUGGAGACGGGAUUUAUUUGAACGGACUCUAAUAGUGUAACUUUGGCAGUGAUGCCUUUGCCUCUCUUCCUCCGCGAGUGCUGUUUGAAGCGCUGCGUUCAGCUUUCCUCCGUUGGGUACGUCAGGAACCAGAGUCUCCGGAAUCUAAGCAGUUACGCAAGCCAGCUCCUCGUGAGGAGAACCCCUCAGCGCGUCUUAACGCAGACGCGGGGGGCUAAAACCCGCAAGAACACCCACAAACAGCAGCAAGACGAGUGGAGGAAGAGAAACAAGACAGCUCUCACGUACAUAGCGGCAGCCGGAGUGGGAAUGAUCGGAAUGUCGUACGCUGCUGUGCCCCUCUACAGACUGUACUGCCAGGCCACAGGACUGGGUGGAACUGCUGUAGCAGGUCACGACACGGAGCAGGUGGAGAUGAUGCAGCCAGUUCGAGACCGCGUCAUUAAAGUCACUUUCAACGCUGACACGCACGCCAGCAUGCAGUGGAACUUCAAACCUCAACAGUCGGAGAUUUUUGUCGUCCCAGGAGAAACAGCGCUGGCGUUUUACAGAGCCAAAAAUCCCACGGCUAAACCGGUGAUUGGAAUCUCCACUUACAACGUGGUGCCAUUUGAGGCAGGGCAAUACUUUAACAAGAUUCAGUGUUUCUGCUUCGAGGAGCAGAGGUUGAAUCCCAACGAGGAAGUGGACAUGCCCGUCUUCUUCUACAUCGACCCCGAGUUCGACGAAGAUCCAAGGAUGGCACGAGUAGACACCAUCACACUCUCUUACACCUUUUUCGAAGCUAAAGAGGGACAGAGAUUACCCAUCCCUGGAUACAGCUAAACGUGGAGCUAUAACUGUACUUCACUGAGACACUUUUUCUGUCUGUCAAGCAGACACUCUGGAUAGAGGGGUUUAUUUUUUUUUUUUUUAUGAGUCACAAUACGUUGUACCUCACGACUGGUUGUCUUAUAGGAAUCUGACUCAGUCUUGACCCCUGUGACAUUUCACCAGACUGAUAACAAAGGCUGAAUAAUGUACCUGAGGAGAUUGUAUAAGAUUAUAUCAUUAGGCUGUCUGGCUGUUUCAUAUAAUGCUUUGAAAAAGGUAGUGAGAGCAGACAUCAAAAGUGUAAAUGCAUUUUUUCAUAGACACACAUGCACACACAACAAACCCCAAAUCAUCUCAGAUGUCUGUAUGUGUGUUGCACAGCUAUAUUACUCAAAGUAUGUUUAUUGUAAAAUCUCUAAUGAAGAUGACUUAAUCUGAAGUUGUA